UAAGGCUGUAAUGGGGAGCUGCUGCGCUCCGCUCAGCCCGCCGCUGCUGCUCAGGCUCAACACAGAUGCGUUGCAUAAGAUGUCCAGCUAGAUAGCAUCCUCCAUACGGAGCCCUCCAGCAAGUUUAUUAGAGUCAAGCUCUGAAAAACCAGAAAUGUUGGCCAGGAAAGGCCUGCUGCCCGAUGGAUUUCUGUUGACACGACUGGCUGAAGAUGCCACACAGCCCAACCGCUUCCGUACCAAAUCACAGCGAGCUCGCUUCAUCACCAAGAGCGGAUCCUGCAAUGUUGCUCAUAAGAAUAUACGGGAACAGGGUCGUUUUCUCCAGGAUGUUUUCACCACGAUGGUGGACCUCAAGUGGCAGCAUUCGCUCCUCAUCUUCACUUCAGCAUUCCUCUGCUCGUGGAUGCUCUUCGCCAUGGUGUGGUGGCUCCUGGCCUUUGCUCAUGGUGACCUGGAGCCACGUGACCCCCACGAUCCUGGGCACGUUCCCUGUGUUACUGCUAUUCACUCCUUCACCUCAGCAUUCCUUUUCUCCAUUGAGGUGCAGGUGACCAUCGGUUUUGGUGGGAGGAUGGUGACUGAGGAGUGCCCACUGGCCAUCACAGUUCUGAUCAUCCAGAACAUUCUGGGCCUCAUCAUUAACGCAGUCAUGCUGGGCUGUGUGUUUAUGAAAACGGCUCAAGCUAAUCGGCGAGCAGAGACGCUCAUCUUCUCCCGUAAUGCUGUUAUCGCCCCACGCAACGGCAGACCAACGUUCAUGUUCCGUGUGGGAGACUUGAGGAAGAGUAUGAUCAUCUCUGCUACCAUUCAGCUGCAGGUGAUUCGGAGGACAGUGACAGCAGAAGGGGAGGUCAUUCCAGUCUGCCAGCUGGAUAUCCAGGUGGAAAAUCCCCUCAGGAGCAAUGGCAUCUUCCUCGUGUCACCGCUUAUCAUCAGUCACACCAUUGAGAGAGGAAGCCCCCUCUAUGAGGUCUCUGCUCAGUCACUGCCCAAUGAAGACCUGGAAAUCAUUGUCAUACUGGAAGGUGUUGUGGAGACCACUGGCAUCACCAUGCAGGCACGCACAUCUUACACACCAGAUGAGAUCCUGUGGGGGCGGCGCUUCGUCUCCAUCAUGACGGAGGAGGACGGGCGUUACUCAGUAGAUUACUCUAAAUUUGGUAACACCGUGCCCGUCAGGAUGCCCGCCCUCAGUGCCAAGGAGCUGGACCAGACCAGAGGAGUGCAGGACAACGGCCCACACGAAGGCAAGCCUCAGGGCUGGGGGCUGGUGCGGGCCGGACGGGGCGGCUACAGAAGGGGCGGUGGCCGGGCAUGCGAAGACAACGCAGCCAGGCCAUGGUACGCUCCGACAGAAAAGGAGGAUGAUGAAAAAGGGAAGGAGAGGAAGGGGCAGAAGAAGACGGUGAAACUAGAGGUGAUAGGCAGAGAGAUCGAGGAGGAGAAUGUGGAGGAUAUGAGUGAUUGAAAUGAAGCAGAUACGCUGCACAUUGGUGAUCGAUGUGGAGAAUGUAUAGAGUAGCUACAUUUUUAGAAUGUUUAUAAUGCUGUUGACAUUUUUCUGUUAAAAUGAAUUGUGUAAAAAAAGAUGCUGUAUUUGAUUUGGGAUGAAUGAACAGUAACUUUGGGAGUUGCUUUUUUAAUGAACUUUUUUUUUUAAUGACUUUUAUCUGUAUCUGCACUUUACUGAAAUACUUGUUCUUCUUGAAAGUAAUACUCCAGUUUUUGUACCAUCUAAUCUGUCUUUUUCAUCUGCGGUGUACGUGGACAAUAACGUCCCUGUACUUAGUAAAGAACAAAAAUUCCAAUGGCUCAAAACACAUUUAUGAUAGAAGCCAAUGGACAGGUGCUUUAGCUUCUAUUAUAAGUGCUCUUCACAGCAACAUUUAUUCUGUUCUUUUACUAAAUACUGGAAAAAGUGUCAAAAUGCCACAGAUGCAGCAUAUAGAGAUGUAGGGUAUUCCUUCAAGAAGGUCCCUCCUUUUGCCCUCAGGAGCUCACUACAACACUUUUGGAAGACCUUUAGAUAAAUAAACACGAAGGCAGCUCAGUGUGGUUUUUCUGUAAUGCAUCCACCUAUUUUAAAAAAAUCCCUGUCCGUCCUUAUUAUUGUGGUCAUAUAUGGUAUUUUUUUGCCUCUGUUUUAUGAAUCAAUGUUACUUUGGCUGUGUUAGAAUAUUGAUUUGUUUACAUGUGCUUUGUGUGUCUUGGUGACUUGUUUAUUGUGGGCUUGUGCAAUUUGUGUUGUGUACAUCAAGCACUGAAUAUGAGAAUUCAGUUCACAUUCCGUUUCCUUCGUUGUGAUACUACUGAAACUACUGUAAACUGCUGUGUGACUCUUGUUCUCUACUGAAUGGAAUGCAAGUUGAAUUCUGAAUUUAUUUAUUUAUUUGUGUAUUUAUGGUAUAAAUAUUUAAUAAAUUAUUU